UUCUCAAACAUCAACAAAAUAACCACAACACAUCAAAAAUUAAAUAUGAAGUACUUUUGGGUCUUAUCCAUUUUUUCCCUAUUUCUGUUAACUAUACAAAGAGGCUUAGCGGAGCAAUGUGGUCAGCAAGCUGGGGGUGCUCUAUGCCCAGGAGGAUUAUGCUGCAGCAAAUGGGGGUGGUGUGGCGACACACCUGACCACUGCACCAACGGUUGUCAAAGCCAAUGCAGCGGAGGCGGAGGUGGAGGCGGCGGCGGCGGUGGCGGUGGAGACCUUGGUAGUAUCAUUUCAAGAUCCACCUUUGACCAGCUGCUUAAACAUCGUAAUGACGGUGCUUGCCCCGCCAGGAACUUUUAUACCUAUGAUGCUUUCAUUGCAGCUACAAAGGCCUUCCCUGGAUUUGGCACUACCGGCGACGAUGCCACACGCAAAAGGGAGAUUGCUGCUUUUCUUGGCCAAACUUCCCAUGAAACUACCGGUGGAUGGGACAGUGCUCCUGAUGGUAAAUACGCGUGGGGAUACUGCUUUAUCAAGGAGAAAAACCAAGCGACGUACUGUUCUUCCAGUCCAACUUACCCUUGCGCUUCUGGAAAGCAAUAUUACGGCCGUGGUCCCAUCCAACUUACAUGGAACUAUAAUUACGGGCAGUGUGGAAGAGCUCUAGGGCUGGACCUGUUGAACAAUCCGGACCUCGUAGCUACGGACCCUGUGGUUGCCUUCAAGACAGCACUCUGGUUCUGGAUGACCCCGCAGUCGCCAAAGCCGUCGUGCCACGACGUCAUCACCGGCAAAUGGAAUCCCUCUGGAGCCGACACGUCGGCUGGUCGAGCUGCGGGCUACGGCGCGAUCACAAACAUCAUAAACGGAGGGCUUGAAUGUGGCAAAGGCUGGAACGCCGCCGUGGAGGACCGGAUUGGGUUCUACAAGAGGUACUGUGAUAUAUUUAAGGUUGGUUAUGGGAAUAACCUCGACUGCUACAACCAGAGGCCUUUUGGGUCUGGACUCCUGGUGGACUCCAUGUAGAUAUUUUAAUGAGUUUGUUCGUCAAAGCUGGCUCUUUUGAUAAUUUGUGAUGUUUGUAUGUCGUAUGUUAAUUGUCACUGCUUUGGUGACAGUUUGGUUUUUCAUAUAUAUAUAUAUAUAUAUAUUAUAAAGAGUUUGUGUAAUAUGCAUAAUAUGUGAUAUGCACUCUGCGAUUAUAAAUAACAAAUAAUGAGUGAACUUCCCUCCGAC